UGAGUCCGUCUCUAUAUCAUGUGGGGGAGCUCCUCGGGUUUCCUUCAACUUUACUUUUUCCCACUAUUUCCGCCCUGUAAAACUCCUUGCUAGUUCUCUCUCUCUCUCUCUCUUUCUCUCUCUAUCUCGCUCUCUCUCUGCCCAGCUGAGAAGUAUAUAGCAUUCUUUAGGACCCCAACCAAACGUAUGACUGAAUGAUUUUACCACCCACCAAAUCUUGGGCUUCAGACAAAAUGUUGGAACCCAGAUUCAGAACUGUCAAAGUAUCAGCCUUGAUUUCUUUGAUGGUGGUUGUGGUGGUUUGGAGCUCAUCAGCUCCAAUGGUGGUUGAAUCUGCCGUAGGAGUGAACUGGGGGACUGUCUCAUUCCACAGGCUCAAACCCUCCACUGUUGUUGAUCUCUUGCAACAGAACAAGAUACAGAAAGUUAAGCUCUUUGAUGCAGAGCCUGGGGCUCUCAAGGCUCUUAUGGGUAGUGGGAUUCAGGUCAUGGUUGGGAUUCCUAAUGAAAUGCUUGCCCUUUUGAGCUCUUCCACUGCUGCUUCUGAUUUAUAUGUCCGACAGAAUGUUUCUGCUUAUAUGCGUAAAGGGGGUGUUGAUAUCAGGUACAUCGCAGUUGGAAAUGAGCCCUUUCUUACAAGUUACUCGGGUCAGUUUCAGUCCUUAGUCAUGCCUGCACUGCAAAAUCUACAGCAGUCCUUGGCCAGGGCGAAUCUUGCAGGCUACAUAAAGUUAGUGGUUCCAUGCAAUGCUGAUGCCUAUGAGGCUUCACUUCCUUCUCAAGGAGUAUUCCGGCCUGAGCUGACACAAAUUAUGACUCAACUUGUUUCAUUUCUCAAUUCAAAUGGUUCUCCAUUUGUUGUCAAUAUUUAUCCAUUUCUGAGCCUCUAUGGGAGCUCAGAUUUUCCUCAAGACUAUGCAUUCUUCGAGGGAACCAGCCAUGCUGUUACAGAUGGGGCCAAUGUUUACUCCAAUGCAUUUGAUGGAAAUUUCGACACUCUAGUUGCAGCUCUCAGCAAAUUGGGAUAUGGUCAGAUGCCCAUAGUUAUUGGAGAGAUUGGUUGGCCCACAGAUGGAGCCAUCAAUGCUAAUCUCACAGCUGCAAAGGUGUUCAACCAAGGCCUCAUAAACCACGUACUUAGCAAUAAAGGAACACCUCUAAGGCCGGGGGUUCCUCCCAUGGAUAUCUAUCUUUUUAGUUUACUUGAUGAAGGGGCAAAGAGCACACUUCCUGGAAACUUUGAAAGACACUGGGGGAUUUUUUCCUUUGAUGGCCAGGCAAAAUAUCCGUUGAACCUUGGUUUGGGUAACCGAUUAUUGAAAAACGCAAGGAACGUUGAGUAUCUACCGUCUAGAUGGUGUGUGGCAAACCCAUAUAAGGACUUGUCAAAUGUAGCAAACCCUAUGAAACUAGCCUGUAGUUAUGCAGAUUGCACCACACUCAAUUAUGGUGGAUCGUGUAACGGAAUUGGGGCCAAGGGAAAUGUCUCAUAUGCAUUCAACAGUUAUUAUCAGCUGCAAAUGCAGAAUGCACAGAGUUGUGAUUUCGAUGGGCUCGGUAUCAUCACUUCUCUAGAUCCUUCUGUUGGUGAUUGUAGGUUUCUUGUUGCUGUCACUGAUACUACUACAUCUACUUCUUCUUCUCAACGAUAUACAAGCUGGAUCAUUGUUUGGUUUCUCAAUUUAUUGGGGGUUUGGGUAUUUAUAAUAUGAAAAAAAAAAAAGGGAAAAAAGAAGAGAGUUUCUCAGGUGGGUUUUUCAGUGUCCCCUCUUCUGAAACUAGUAAUUUAGGUGAUAGAAUAUAUUAUAGCUAUAAUUAGAGAGUGGGUUUGAAAAUUAUUAUUACAGAUUAGCUUAGGAGUGUUGUAGCAUUGGUGAUUGCAUCAUUAUGACUUUGUCAUAAAUUAUAUUAAAAAAAGAAGAAGCAUAAACAUAAUAUAAAUAUAUUCAUGCUAUAAUAUUAUGAUUUUACA